AUGCCAUUGUCUCAACGGAAAGUCCGAACUAGACACUCUGUUAUACUCGCUGCAUUAGGAACAACUCAAGUUAUGUAUUUUGUUGCUCGUUGGUUUCUUCAGUGUGCUCAUGCCAUGAAUCACAUCAUAGAGUCAAGAACAUUGCGUGAGAGGUACUUUGUUAGUUAUUACGAUAGAGAUAAAAAUAUGAGAAAGAUGGUAUAUCAAAGCGAUACAACGAGUAUCACAAAUAUAAGAAUGAAUAUAUACGCCUUUAGAAAGCUUUGUGGAAUUCUUGAAAGUAGAGGGGGAUUAAGUAAUAGUAAAAACAUAAAAGUGGAUGAACAAGUUGCUAUGUUCUUACACACACUUGCGCAUAAUGAAAAAAAUAGGAUUAUUAUCAAUAGGUUUGAAAGGUCCGGUGAAACUAUAAGUCGAUAUUUCCAUAUUGUCUUAAAUGCGGUUUGUCGACUACAUAAAGAGUUCUACAAAACGCCAGUGCCAGUACCAAACGAUGAAUUAGAUGAAAGGUGGAAAUGGUUUAAGGGUUGCCUAGGAGCAUUAGAUGGAACAUAUAUACAAGUUAAGGUACCUGCUGCUGAUAGAAAACCUUAUCGAACACGAAAGGGUGAAAUAUGUACUAAUGUACUUGGUGUUUGUACAAGAGGCCUUCUGUUUACAUACGUCUUGGCGGGAUGGGAGGGUUCUGCAGCGGAUAGUCGAGUGCUUCGAGAUGCUAUUAGUAGACCAAACGGUCUUAAAGUCACAGAAGGAACCUAUUACCUUUGUGAUGCCGGUUAUAUGAAUGGAAAUGGUUUUUUAAGUCCUUACAGGGGUCAAAGAUAUCAUCUUAAUGAUUGGAAUCGUCCACCUACUACAGCGAAAGAAUUAUAUAAUAUGCGACACGCGUCGGCAAGAAAUGUAAUCGAAAGAUGUUUUGGGAUGAUUAAGAAUAGAUGGAAAAUUUUGCGUGAUUGUCAUUUCCAUCCGAUAGACUCUAUGCCAUGA